GAAGCAGCGGGAAGGAGGCGGCGGCUGCCCCGAUUUGUUUGUAAAUGCAUCAUAAACAGACAGCCCAGAAUGAAGAAAGCAAGCAGGAGUGUUGGCUCAGUGCCCAAAGUGCCUGGAGUAAAUAAAGCUCAAACAAGUGAAAAAGCCAAACCAGAAAACGGCUCCUCAGUGUCUGCAGUAACAAAACUCUCCAAAACCGGGACAACAGCAUCUCUUUUGAAGACUAAGAGUAAUGAUGACCUCUUAGCAGGGAUGGCUGGUGGUGGUGGAGUGACAAUGACCAACGGUGUCAAGGCCAAGAAGAACUCUUGUGUAUCAACAGCAUCUUCAGCUCCAGGGACAGCCAUGAACAGUCUGGAAAACAAACCCAAAACUAUUGCAGGUCCAAGUUCCACAGCUAAGCGUGGCACUUCAUGUGGCAAUAAAGAGUCGAGCUCUUCUCGAGAGAGGAUGAGGGAUCGAUCCCGUGUGAGCCAGAGCAAGAAGCAGCCGGCGGCAGGACAGGGCCCCGGUGACGCCGUGCUGGCAAAGCGCUCCCGCAGCCGCGCCGACGCCGAUGGCCGCAUGAGCAAGUCCAAGUCAGACAACCAGAUCAGCGACAAAGCUGCACUGGAGGCUAAGGUGAACGAUCUCCUGACCUUAGCCAAAACUAAAGAUGUGGAAAUCUUGCAUCUGAGGAAUGAAUUAAGGGACAUGCGUGCUCAGCUGGGACUCAACGAAGAUCAUCUUGAAGGGGAUGAAAAAUCUGAGGAGAAAGAAGCCAUUGUUGUCCAUCAGCCAACUGAUGUAGAGUCUACACUGCUCCAGUUACAGGAACAAAACACUGCCAUCCGAGAAGAGCUCAACCAGCUGAAGAAUGAGAAUCGAAUGCUAAAAGACAGACUAAAUGCUUUGGGCUUUUCUUUGGAACAAAGGCUGGACAACUCUGAAAAGCUCUUUGGCUAUCAGUCUUUGAGCCCAGAGAUUACAGCUGGCAACCACAGCGAUGGUGGGGGCACUCUGACAUCUUCAGUGGAAGGUUCUGCUCCUGGAUCGAUGGAAGACUUGUUAAGUCAGGAUGAAAACACUCUCAUGGACAACCAACACAGUAAUUCCAUGGAUAAUUUAGACAGUGAGUGCAGUGAAGUUUAUCAGCCACUGACAUCAAGUGAUGAUGCCUUAGAUGCUCCAUCAUCUUCAGAAUCUGAAGGAGUACCCAGUAUAGAAAGGUCUAGGAAGGGAAGCAGUGGCAAUGCAAGUGAAGUGUCCGUGGCUUGUCUGACGGAACGGAUCCAUCAGAUGGAAGAGAACCAGCACAGUACAGCUGAAGAGCUCCAAGCCACGCUUCAAGAGCUUGCAGAUCUGCAGCAAAUAACACAAGAGCUGAACAGCGAGAAUGAAAGACUCGGAGAGGAAAAAGUAAUCCUGAUGGAGUCUUUGUGCCAGCAGAGUGACAAGCUGGAACACUUCAGCCGUCAGAUCGAGUAUUUCCGGUCCCUUUUGGAUGAACACCACAUUUCCUAUGUGAUUGAUGAAGACAUGAAGAGUGGGCGCUACAUGGAGCUGGAGCAGCGCUACAUGGAGCUGGCAGAGAACGCUCGCUUCGAGAGGGAGCAGCUGCUGGGGGUUCAGCAGCACUUGAGCAACACCCUGAAGAUGGCAGAGCAAGACAACAAGGAGGCCCAAGAAAUGAUAGGGGCAUUAAAAGAAAGGAAUCACCACAUGGAACGGAUUAUUGAGUCAGAGCAGAAAAGCAAAACAGCUCUGGCAUCUACCUUAGAGGAGUACAAAGCCACAGUAGCCAGUGACCAGAUUGAGAUGAACAGGCUGAAAGCUCAGCUAGAGCACGAAAAGCAGAGAGUGGCCGAGUUGUAUUCUAUACACAACUCUGGAGAUAAAUCAGAUAUACAGGACCUGCUGGAGAGUGUCAGGCUGGAUAAGGAGAAGGCAGAGACCUUGGCCAGUGGUCUGCAGGAAGAGCUGGCACACACCCGCAAUGACGCCAAUCGAUUGCAAGAUGCCAUUGCUAAGGUUGAAGAUGAAUAUCGAGUGUUCCAAGAAGAAGCCAAGAAACAAAUUGAGGAUCUCAAUGUGACUCUAGAAAAGCUUCGGACAGAACUGGAUGAAAAAGAGACUGAGAGGAGUGACAUGAAAGAAACCAUCUUUGAGUUGGAGGAUGAGGUAGAGCAGCACCGUGCUGUGAAGCUUCAUGACAAUCUUAUCAUAUCUGAUUUGGAAAAUACAGUUAAAAAACUUCAGGAUCAAAAGCAUGACAUGGAAAGAGAGAUCAAGAAUCUUCACAGGAGACUCCGGGAGGAGUCAGCAGAAUGGCGUCAGUUCCAGGCAGACCUGCAGACUGCAGUGGUUAUAGCCAAUGAUAUCAAGUCUGAGGCCCAGGAGGAGAUCGGGGACCUGAAGCGCAGAUUGCACGAAGCGCAGGAGAAAAACGAGAAACUCACCAAGGAGCUGGAGGAGAUCAAGUCACGCAAGCAGGAAGAAGAACGUGGUCGAGUGUACAAUUACAUGAAUGCAGUAGAGAGAGAUUUGGCAGCUCUGAGACAAGGAAUGGGCCUGAGCCGCAGAUCCUCCACCUCCUCGGAGCCAACUCCCACUGUGAAAACGCUCAUCAAGUCCUUUGACAGUGCCUCCUCCCAAGUUCCAAGCCCUGCUGCUGCCACAAUUCCACGCACUCCCCUGAGCCCAAGUCCCAUGAAAACUCCCCCAGCUGCUGCUGUAUCCCCUAUGCAGAGGCAUUCCAUAAGUGGGCCAAUCUCAGCUUCAAAACCUCUUGCUACACUGACAGACAAAAGACCAAGCUAUGCAGAAAUUCCUGUUCAAGAGCAUUUGUUGAGAACCUCCUCCACCAGCCGGCCAGCCUCUCUGCCCAGAGUCCCUGCUAUGGAAAGUGCCAAAUCUAUCUCAGUGUCUCGAAGAAGUAGUGAAGAAAUGAAGAGGGACAUCAGUGCACCUGAUGGGGCAUCCCCAGCAUCUCUCAUGGCAAUGGGUACCACCUCACCACAGCUGUCCCUCUCAUCUUCUCCUACAGCAUCAGUCACUCCUACAACCAGAAGCAGAAUAAGGGAAGAGAGGAAAGAUCCCUUGUCUGCCCUGGCAAGAGAAUAUGGAGGCUCCAAGAGGAACGCCCUGCUGAAGUGGUGCCAGAAGAAAACAGAGGGCUACCAGAAUAUUGACAUCACAAACUUCAGCAGCAGCUGGAAUGAUGGCCUGGCUUUCUGUGCAGUUCUCCACACUUACCUCCCAGCCCAUAUUCCCUAUCAAGAACUGAACAGCCAGGACAAGAGAAGAAAUUUCACUUUGGCUUUUCAGGCAGCUGAAAGUGUUGGCAUCAAAUCUACUCUGGACAUCAAUGAAAUGGUGCGAACUGAGCGUCCAGACUGGCAGAAUGUCAUGCUGUAUGUUACAGCAAUUUACAAAUACUUUGAAACCUGAACCCUAAUCAUUCGACAGAUCCAUGGGAUACAACCAACAUGAGCUACCAGAUGGAAAUCUUACUGAAAUGCUAAUCCCCAUUUCACUGAAAACUGGCAACAUUUGAGUCCCCUCAAACUUCAGUGACACUAUCUUGGAUUGCCUCAGAUUGCUUCAGCUACUAAGCAUGGAAACAACUGUUUAAGAGCAAGAACUUGUUGCCACAGUGCUUGGAAUAACCCAAGUUAUUAAGCUAUUCAGAUUAAUUAUGUAGCCUAAAGAGCCUGAACUACUUCUGUGCUGCCUCUCCAGUCAGACUUCCUGAAACUUUCUUUGCUGGGAGAGUGAGGUGAAUGCUUCCUCUGGCAUAUAGGAGACUGAAUGUACAGAUAAAGCUUUGAGAAGGAAAAGGAUUACAUGGCAUCAUAUUACUGAACUUUCUGUAGCAUCCAGAUUCCACAGACUCUGAAUAUUCUACCCACAGCAUAUGGUAGUCCAAUAUAGUAGAUUUCUUAAUGGUAAUUUAGUUAUUGCCUAUACAGCUAUUUUCCAUCCUUUAAAAUGUGCACAAUAUUCCAGGAAAACAAGCUUUGAUUCCAUAAUGACAAAUUGAGGGGAAAAGUGCUCUUGAUACCUCGAAAAAUCUGGCACAGAAGAAGACUUCAUUCUAAAGCUUCAUUAUAAGCCUACCUCUGUCACAGUGAUGUGGCUUUCAUCUUUAUCUUAUGGAUUGUAAAGACUAGCACAUGCAGCUCCUGCCUUCCAGGGUACACUACACUUCAAGGAAUCUGUGCAAAGUCCCUGUGCUUCCACUCUAACAGAAAUGAAUCAAUGAUCACCCCUUGUCUGGCUUGUUCUUUGCUCUCUUCCUCCUUUGCCCACCCCGGGCUUCCCUCUACAGCAAUACGAGCACACCUUGUGGGUAUCUGGGGUAGAAGUUUGGAACUGGGAUAGCUUUUCUUCUGCAGAGAAGAUACUGUUAAUCAGAUGUAACAAUGAAGUAGUUUGUCUCAAAAUCCAGCUUUGCCAUGUUUUCUGUGUGUUUUUCAUUGGUCUUGCACAUCCUCAUCUGAGUGACAGAAGGUGAGAUGUUCUCUGGGAAGGACUAUGGAGGAACUGAUGUAAUUGUGUACACCCAGCAGUCUCAACUAUUGCGUGGAAAUGACUCACUGUCACAAGGAAGGAAUUGAGAAACUUUAGUCUGCUCAACUACUUUUUUUUUUUUCUUUUUUUUUUUCCCUGAAAAUGUACCUGAAUUCAUUUAGCAGCUCUUGGGCAGAAGAGUUUAAGUGCCUUAGCGAUCAUUGAGUUGAUAGUGCUGGCACUUCAGGCCUGCUGUGGAAUGUUAAUGGCUCCCAACGGUUUCAUGGCUCCAUUUGUCACGAGCUGUGUGUUGUAAUCUUGUUUGUCAAAUCGAGGGGAGACUUCACUCCCUCACUGCUUCUGCCUCUUGCUUUUCUGAGCACUUACCAGCAGUCCAGCCAUGGAGCAUCUCAUUAAUAUUAAGCAGAAGCCGACUUGAGCAGUGAUUCUGUAACAGCUGCUAUUUAUAAGCACAGGCUUUUUCAGCAGUAACCCCACUGUAAAGAAAAUAAAUCUGUUCUAUGGUGCUCUUA